CCAAUUCCCGUUGUCUCCCGCCAUAGAUGCAGUCCACUCACAUGCUGCGCCCCGUCCUCCGGGCUCAGGCUCAACGCCGAUGCCUAGCCACCGCUGCCAUGAGCCAUGCCUCCUCCUCGUCUGCACCGGCUGCAGAGUCAAAACGCGCCGCUGCGAUCCCUCUUUCCAACAUAGAAGCCCAGUGGGCACUCCUCACACCGGACGACAAGUCCUCGGUCGCCGACCAGCUUGAGGAGCUGCAGAAGCGUGACUGGAAGCUGCUGAGCUCAGAUGAGAAGAAGGCCGCGUACUACGUCGCUUUCGGUCCUCAUGGUCGCCGCAAGCCUGUCCACGAAAAGGGAGACGGCUUCCAGAUCAUGUUGGGCACCGCCGGUCUCGUGGGUAUCGCUACCGCCAUCUUCUUCGCUAUCCGUGCCGCCGCUCCUCCCCUUCCGAAGACGAUGUCCAAGGAGUGGCAAGAGGCGAUGAACGAGCGUGCUAUCGAGCAAAAGAUGAACCCCAUCACUGGUAUCACCUCGGAGGGCUACAAGGGCAAGGGUUUCGUCCAAUAGAUUACGAGCUAAUGCAUCUGGCUACAUAAUCAAUCUCAUAUUCUUCUGGCCACAAUCUCCUUGUUCCACUCUGGCAUAUUCAAAACUACCGCUUAUCGCUGCCUACU